GCCCUCACACCUGUGGAAAUGGAGGGAGAGUGUGAGGGAGCUGCAAUGGUUCUCAUUACCAGAGAGGCCUGAGAAAUCCUCUUGGGAAGGAAAGGGGGUUAUGGCUGAAAUGUGUGUGUGUUGGGGAGACAUUGUGACUAAAUAACAAUCCCUGUUGAAUUAAACUUUCCCCAGAGCUGACUGUCAAGGAGACAAAAGAAUGGAGGUCCCUGUCCCGCAGAGCUUACACUCUAAGUAGAAUUAGAGGGACUGCUGACUUAACUGCCCUUAUUUACAGAGGGUAUUGAUUGGGGGACACAUAUUGGGGGGUUCAGAUGUCUGAAUGCCUCACAGGAACAGGAAGUUGCAUCACCUUGAACCGUUAAACUGGCGCCGGAGCUGUGAGGAGACCACAGAGUCUGGUUACUGGGCAAUUCGAAACCCCGAUAUCCCAGCGUUGCACGAGGGAAGGGUCUGAGCGAGACGGCAUGAGGCUGAGAAUGAAGCGCUUGUGUCGGGCGACUGGCAGCAGGAGGAGCGCCACCGAGCCAUUAGCAAUGACAAGGAAGAGGAAACUUCAGAGGCAGCAAAGUAGAACUAAAUGCCUGCGUCCCCUCACCUUCCUAGGUUUACCCCCGGAAAUGCUGGACCGUAUUAUUUCCUUUCUGCCUGUCCGGGAUGUGGUGGCCCUUGGGGAGACAUGCCGCUUUCUGAACAACAUCUGCAACAGCCAACCCACCUGGAAGAGAAUCUGUCAGCGGAUGAAUCCCAGAGUGAAAACGGCCAACUGGAGGAAAGCAGCCAUACUGAAUUACACCAAGGCAAUCUACUCGCAGCCUUUUAGAGGACAAUGGCAUGUGCUGACCUGUCCUGUUGGUCUGUCCGUGGCCAAUGGAUUCCAGCGCAUCCUGCCCACUAGAGACCACAUGUUUGUGCUGGACUAUGAUGGCACCCUCUUCCUUCUCCACAUUGACAUGGCAUUUUAUAAUCACGGUGUUGUGCGGUGGAAAGCAGUCUCACACUACACAGUUCUGGCUCACAAAGUCAAGGAUUUUUGUGGUGACCCCAAAAGUGUCAGCGUCUCCUUCAAGUAUUUGUAUGUGUUGAUGUCCCAAACAGAAGGUGCACAGGAACAACUCCUGGAGGGACAAGUGGCCCCAAGCCCAGCACCCUGUGACUGUGUGGAACUCUACCGGCAGUCGGAUGGACAGAGGGUCUUUAAGCUUCAGUUUCACCCUUCCAUGGUAUUUAAACAGAUCGCACUGCUCGGAGAGGAGACCCAAAGAAUUUUACUUCUGCUAACAGAAAAGGGCCAAGUUUACAGCCUGAUGCUCAACGAGACUCAAGUGGGGCAGUCACAGUCCUACAAUAUCCAAAUGGUGAUGCGCAAGGUGUCCCAGUGCCUGACCAAUCAUGUCAUCUCCUACCUGUGUGCCGGCCACAACACUGUCAUGUACAUCACAGAUCUGGGAACUCUCUAUUAUGAGAUCCACUCUCAUGGGGUUUAUAGAAACUUAUUUGGGACUCUUCAACCCUUUGGCUCCUUUGACACAGAGAUGCCCAUCGCCAUUCCACUAUCCUGCAAGGUAGUUCUGUGCUCCAUAUCAAAGAAUCACUUGGCACUGGCUGAUGAGCACGGGAGAAUCUUUACUCAAGGAAACAACCGGUACGGACAGCUGGGCACUGGAGACAGAACGGACAGAGGGCAACCCAGCCAGGUGGCCCAGAUGAAGUGGCCAGUGCAGAUCUGGUGUGGGCUCAAUCACACGCUGAUACUGAUCCAGGAGCGAGACACGAGGAAGGAAAUUUUUGGCUGUGGAUGUGGAGCUGGUGGGCGUCUCCCCGGGUGGGCUAGAGGAAGCCCAGUGUUUGUGAAGCUGCAUGUGCAGGUUCCUCUCUGCACCCGCUACAUCUGUUCCACUCGGGAAUGUCUCUACAUGGUGUGUGGCUACGACACAGAGGAAGGGACCUUAUACCGGCAUCUCCCUGAUGGGCACGAGGGCCCCCCCGGCACCCACACAGGGGCCGAGGAGACUGGCAAAACCUACCAGAACUACAUGAGCCAACUGCUGAAAUGUUCCAGCCCCCGGGAGCAUGUGGCAAAGGCCAAGGAGAUUGUGGCUCAGAUGCCCCUCCAGGGGCAACAGAAGGAUUUCCUGUGGGAGGCUCUGAAUGUUAUCCUGCGGGCUAGUGACAGCUGAGAGACACUGGCCACCCAUCAUGCACCUUAUAAAGAGCACAGAGCUGACAAUCUAACCGCUACACAAAAUAAAUUCAGCAGAAACAA